AUGAGGGUCAGUGGCGUGAGGAACAGCGAAGUCUUGUUGAAGACCUCCAGCUUCGGUGAUAAAAACGUCAGCAGCAUAACCAUUGUCGCACUGUGGCACAGGGACUUCGGCUGGGCGAGCAGCAUCUGCCUGCAGAAGAACUGCAGCAUUGGCAACAACGGCCGGAGAGUGCACAUCAACAUCAGAGGCAGGUCCGUCGUGAGUUCCAUGGGCAUCGGCAGGAUCGAAGAGGCAGUUGUUUUCCUAGUCCGCUACUUCCCGUCGUUCCUGUUCGUCUUCUUGGUGCUUACGGUACUCCUGUUGGUCCGGUCGCUGUUCUAUGUCGUGGAGUCCUUCUGGGUCCUGUGCUACGUGUUCGGACAGGCGAGCGCAGAGAAAAGCGUGAUCCUGCUGCACGGCUUCGGCGACGCAGGUGCGAAGUUCCUGGGCGAGACGCUCUCUGUGCUGACGAAGAUCGAGGACGUCCGGCUGCUGCUGCCACAGGCGCCCGUGGAGCAGUUGCAGGGCGAGGCGCUGCAGUCCUGGUACCUGCCCACCAACGGGCAGUGGGUCGUCGACGACGGCAUCGCCGCGCCGGCCAUCGCGUACGUCCACGCGAUGAUCAGGCGAGAGGUAGCCCGUGGAGUACCACCUCACCAGAUAGUGGUGGGCGGCUUCGCGCAGGGGGGCAGCUGUGGCGUCCGGGCCGCGCUGAGCUUCCCAGACGCGCCGUUGGGUGGUGCGGUCGCGCUCUCGUCCUUCUUCGGCUCGAACGCCGCCGCCGUGGCUCCCGCGAACAGGCGCCUGAAGGUGCUGGUGUGUCACGGCAAGGAGGACGAGCUCGUGCCCUUCUCGGAGGGGGAGCGGACGGCCAGCGUGCUCCGCAGCCUGCUCGGCAGGCACGACCAGGUCGCCUUCAAGGAGUACGAGUGGAAGCACGGCGUCGCCACCGACGAGGUCAGCGACAUCCUCGAGUUCCUCAACGAGCGUUUCUCGGAGCAGCCGGACGAGCCCAUGGCGUUCGACCCCGCAGGGGUCUCCGACAUCUCCGCGACGCCAUCGUGGGAGGACGUGUCCACGCUCCCAGACGCGCCCCCAGAGGGCGUGCCCACGCUCGACCCCGCCGUCAUGCUGGAGAUCCUCGGGGACGAGGAGCUGCAGCGCGCGGCCCAGGACCCGGAGGCGAUGGCCGUCAUGCAGGACGUCAUGAUGAACCCCGACAACCUGGACAGGCACACUGGCAACCCCCGGGUCCAGGAGGUCGUGGGCAGGCUGAGGAAGCACCUGCGGCGAGCCCCCGCGCCGAUGGCCGACUGA